GUACACACACGAAAGUUUACACCAUGGCUCAAUCUCCUCUGCCACCUAAUUUCAUUACGGCUGAGCUACUGCGAAACGCGCUAUACGGUAAAUGGUGCAACGUCAUCGGGGAGACCGUCACCCACCAAACAAAACACAGUGCCAAAGAACUGGUCGAGAAAAAGAAAGAGCUGCCCGUACCAAAUCAGUUAAGUCUUAUGCCUAGUUCUCUACCAGGCUGCGACAUUGGCAUAUUCUCGACCACUUGGAUAAAAGAAGGCACAGAGAUGGGCCCUUUCACUGGCAAGAUAGUGUCAGCAGAAGACAUAGACUGGACCCAAGAUAAUCGCUUCGCAUGGGAGGUGUUCGACAGCGACGGCAACUUUGCACACUUCCUUGAUGCUUCGGAGGAAGCGUACGAAACAUGGAUGUGCCACGUGAAUUGUGCUCGAAAUGAGAGCGAACAGAACUUGGAGGUGUUUCAACUUGGGACAGAAAUAUAUUACAGAGCUUUAAAGGCAAUUCCACCAAACCAAGAGUUACUUGUAUAUUAUGGUAAUUUCUACCAUACGUUUCUAGGAAUUCCAGUGUCGCCUACAUCAGCUGAAGAACACAAAGAAACAAAUGAUUUGAACGUUACAAAAAUUCCCGCUUUGACAUCAUGUCGUUUGCACUGUGUCGUCUGCCAUCGAGGCUUCAAUUCUCGCAGUAAUCUCCGUUCACACAUGCGCAUUCAUACACUCGAGAAACCGUUUGCCUGUCGGUUCUGCGAACGUCGUUUUAGCCAGUCGUCUACUUUAAGGAACCAUAUUAGACUACAUACAGGUGAAAAACCAUACAAAUGCCUGGUUUGCGAGAGUGCCUAUUCGCAAUUGGCCGGCUUGAGGGCCCAUCAGAAGAGCGCCCGCCACAGACCUUCAGCUUCAUCGUCAACUUGCAUUGCACAAUCCAUGCAUGCAUCUUAGACAGCAACACAAUCUAUUAAUUACUGAAUUCGUUAGUAAUAACCGUUUGUAGUAUAUGCUGCACAUAAACUGUAAAGUACAGAGAGGCCACAUUAUUAGGAUAAUAAACAUGUAACCACAUGGGCAGUUGCGUAUGUACGAAUAAUAGGGACAUUUCGCAAGCGUACGAAAACGAUAACAAAUAUGAAUUCGUCAUCAUCAUCAUUAUCGUCAUUUGUGACUGAAACAUUCUUGAUGUUCAUGUAAAAGUCAUGGAUGACUUACGUUAUGACAUAUGCUACUGUACGGGGAUGGACUAACAAUUUUGAUGACGUAACCGUAUUCGUUAUCGUUCUCGUAAGCUUGCGAAACCUCCCCAUUAACUUGGGAAGGGGCAGAAGGUUGAGGGAGGGGGAAGGAGUUGUGAGGUGAACUAUCUGGUAGAAUAAGGUAAUAUUAGGUAAUUCGUAACUACUUCAGAUACUAUACUAAUGAAGCCCACAUGGGUGUCAAAUAUUUCCUGAUAAUACGCAUUUGGCUGGGCAUCCGAACGAUAAUCGGAGAGUCUUAAGUUCAAAUGAAAAAUAAUUGGGACAGACACAUUUUUGAAAAGUACUACCUAAUAAUGAGGUCCAGGGAGUGAAACUUUGAAAUUACGAUUUUAAAGGCAUAUCCAUUUUAAAGUCAAGUAAUUACAUAAAAUGAUUUAUUCGACCGAAGAUUUGGGAAGGGUCUGGCCAACGGUUUGCUUAUUCCAUUUGAUUUAUACUACAAUGUGCAAUAAAUUUAAUUAAAAGUGUAUGGAGAGCCUAAACGCCAAAAAAGUGACUGUAUUUUGCAAGACAGAUUCGACUAAAUUUAAUACAGCAUUCCCAUUUUAGUCGUUUUUAACGAUUACAAUUAUUUUUUCUAAUACUGUACCGUAUAUUACCGAAUAUCGAGGUUGAGUUUUUAGACCAUUAACUGAGCAGAAAUUGAUGUGAACUCUGUACUACAGUCUGCAAUAGCCCCAUGGUGUUCAUUCUAGCUUUUCGAUUUCUGUCAUAUAGCUGCAAUAUGUAUUAAGAUGCUGCUACUAAUGUUCAUUCAUUGUUUGAUUAUAUCUAUGCAUAUGCUUGUUUAUUAAAGUUAUUUAAAUAUAUUAGCUAGGGCCUAUUCAUAAAGGCCUACGAUUCAUUUUCUUCAUGCGUUCCUUUUAAAUUUUCUGUAUCAUAAAAAAAAAACAAUUUUCGAAACUAUUCCGCCAAUAAAUUUACCAACUUGUC